AUGCGUGGCUACCUGAAAGCCCAGUGGCUACUAGCACCGCUGCUUACAGCUGCUCUUCCAACCAUACAAGAGGUCAAGGUACCACAUGCGAUAAUCAACCUCGAUAUCAACUCUACUUCAGAUGAAAUUAAUCAUCGUGGAACUACUCUACGUCUUGACAUCCUCGAGUCGACGUCUCCGUGCGGCUACGGAAAUGUGACCCUAAGUGGUCAAUCGCUUGCGCAAGAUGAAAAUGGCGCUGGGUCUGGACCUGUCAUUACCGAGAAUGGUAAUACCAUUCUCGCCAACUGGGCCUUUAGUUGUGUACAUCUUGAAGAUGAGUUUCAGGGCCAGCUGAUGACUUUUGAAGUCAUCUCUUUAGAUGGUGAGGAAGCCCAUGAUGUUAGAUUUGUUGUCCAAUUCCAACAGAUGGCGCCGCCUUCUAUCUCCUUCAUCAAUGGCACGGCAUCUAUUACUGAGGGUCUUACCCCAGCUACGGCCACGGACGAUAACUUGGUCAAGGAAACCUCAACACCUCUGGAUAGUGAGUUGGCCGAAUUGAAAUCGAUGAUGCGACAACUUGCGGCACUUGAACAAGCAAUUUCUUCUAAAGUGCAACACAUCUCCAAAACUUACGAUUUGAAGAGUCCUGAUGAAUUUCAUUCAUUUUGGAGGUGCGACAGUCUGAAAUUCUCUAUGGGCAUGGGCCUGAAGGAGGAAGGCAUUUUGGUGGUCGACCGAAUAGAUUCGGCUGGCGAUUUCAUCACGGCGAUCGACCUGACUGGUUUCCGCAUGACGGCGGCGCUCAUAAGAACCACUCUUGUCCGCACCCGCGACCUCAUCCUCACCCUCCUCACCCCCCUCAUCAUCAACCUCCUCAUGGACCUCCUCAUGGGCCUCCUCAUGGACCUCCCCCUCAUGGGCCUCCCCAUCACGAACCCCCUCAUUUUCACCAACCGCCUCCGUUCUGUGAUUGCGCACCCCCACCCCCACCUCCACCUCACGAGUUUUACGAAGAGCACCCACCACACGCUCACCCACCACCAAGUCAUCAAAUUCUAG